AUAAAAGAAACCAAUUAAAAUUUAAGGUCAUUUUCUAGAAAUGUAUAUUACUUCAGCUAGAUAAAUUCGUGAAAAUAUUCACUUCGCUUAAAAUUAGAGUGCAAUAUUCUUCACUAGUCAAGACACCAGAUGGGUAUGUCAGAUUUACUUAAUGGGAAUGAAGCAACAGAUUCAAAAUUUGAAAAGGAUAAGGUGGAGACCAUUAUCAACAAGUGUGUUAAAAGUAUCAUCGGAAGUAACACAUUUUCAAAUGAUGCAGCGAAAGACUGGGCGAGAAGUGUAGUGGAAAGUUGUCGUGGUGAAUUAAUUAAACUAGGCAAAUCAUUCAAAUAUAUUGUUAACUGUACGAUAGUACAAAAAUCUGCCUUUGGAAUUUACAGUACCACUUCUUGCUACUGGGAUGAUGCCAAGGAUGGUGGGUGUACUGUAAAGUGGGAGAAUAAAAAUGUCUACUGUAUUGUGACUGCAUAUGCACUUGCAGUGUAAGAAAUGGAUAUAUAUGCAGAAGAAGUCAUGAGAACUAGGAUUUAAUGAAAAUUGCUAUUGUCAAAAACAUAUUUAUCAUGAAAACAUUGUGUAAACCAAUAGUUAUUACUUAUUAACAAUAAAAGUA